CCCAGAGCGCGGAGCGCGCAGCGCGGGCAGGAGGGAGGGAGGGAGGGCGGGCGAGGGGAGAGGACUGAACACCGGGGACUGGACAGGCCGGGCGGAGGGGCGGCGGCGAAAGGCAGAGCGCCGCGAUCUCUGUCGGGAAGCGCAAGCUCCCCGGGCCCCGCGGGGCCGCGCAGGGGGCGUUCUCAAUCCCGCGUCCGCUCCCUCUUUCCAUCCCCUGCUGUCCGCAGGCCACCCCGGGGCCCGGUUAUCCGCGCGCGCGUACCCGGGCUCGGGCCCGUCUCCGACCCUCGAGGGAGCCGCUGCCCUCACCGAGACCUCUGCAGCGGCCGCACCAGAGGCCGCCCGGGCAGGACCCCGGCGUGAGAAUCGAGCGCCCCCCAAGGAGUGCACGACCCCCGGAGCCGCCCUCAACACGGACCGCGCCCGCCGGGCACACAAGAAUGGUCACUCAGAUACUCGGGGCUAUGGAGUCUCAGGUGGCGGGGGGCCCAGCCGGCCCGGCCCUGCCCAACGGGCCACUCCUUGGGACAAACGGAGCCACUGAUGACAGCAAGACCAACCUCAUUGUCAACUACCUGCCCCAGAACAUGACCCAGGAUGAGUUCAAGAGCCUCUUCGGCAGCAUUGGCGACAUUGAGUCCUGCAAGUUGGUUCGGGACAAAAUCACAGGGCAGAGCCUCGGCUACGGGUUUGUGAACUACUCUGACCCCAACGAUGCAGACAAAGCCAUCAACACCCUCAACGGCCUCAAACUGCAGACGAAGACCAUCAAGGUGUCCUACGCCAGACCCAGCUCUGCCUCCAUCCGGGAUGCAAACCUGUACGUCAGCGGGCUCCCCAAGACCAUGAGCCAGAAAGAAAUGGAGCAGCUCUUCUCCCAGUACGGCCGCAUCAUCACUUCUCGCAUCCUGGUGGACCAGGUCACAGGUGUCUCUCGGGGUGUGGGAUUCAUCCGCUUUGACAAAAGGAUUGAGGCCGAGGAGGCCAUCAAAGGACUGAACGGGCAGAAGCCGCUGGGCGCGGCCGAGCCCAUCACGGUCAAGUUUGCCAACAACCCAAGUCAGAAGACCGGGCAGGCCCUGCUCACUCAUCUCUACCAGUCCUCAGCCCGGCGCUACGCAGGCCCCCUGCACCAUCAGACACAGCGCUUCCGGCUCGACAAUUUGCUCAACAUGGCCUACGGAGUCAAGAGUCCCCUGUCGCUCAUCGCCAGGUUCUCACCCAUCGCCAUCGACGGCAUGAGUGGCCUCGCGGGUGUGGGCCUGUCCGGGGGUGCGGCGGGCGCCGGCUGGUGCAUCUUCGUGUACAACCUGUCUCCGGAGGCGGAUGAGAGCGUGCUAUGGCAGCUAUUCGGGCCCUUCGGGGCAGUCACCAACGUCAAGGUCAUCCGCGACUUCACCACCAACAAGUGCAAGGGCUUCGGCUUUGUCACCAUGACCAACUAUGAUGAGGCGGCCAUGGCCAUCGCCAGCCUCAAUGGCUACCGUCUGGGUGAGCGCGUGCUGCAGGUGUCCUUCAAGACCAGCAAACAGCACAAGGCCUGAGCCACCGCCGCCCUCCCCACCCUCCCCGGGCAGCAGAGACAGAGAAAGAGAGAGAGAGAGAGAGAGAGAGAGAGAGAGAGGGGCCCGAGAGAGACAGCGCAGGCAGACCACGGACGGCAGGAGGGCCUCGCGUCCCUGCAGAAGCCACAGGGUGAGCAAUUGGUGGGAAGGUCUGCAGGGAAUGGGGGGGUGCCUGGGGGUCCCCCACCCUGUCCUCCUGCCCCCCUUUCCCCAGGCUGGGCUGUUCACUCUCUCGUCUUGGUUUUGUUCAUGGCGAAGGUUUUUGUUUCCUUUUUCGGCUAAAGUGAAAGCAGAGAUGUGCCCCCAGCCCACCCUCAACCACCCUCCAUGGAUGGCUUGGGGGGGCACUGGGGGUGCCCUCCCAGGCCCCCAGGCCCAGGUCUCCCCAACACCUAGGUGAGCCUGAGAAGGGGGAACAGGUUUAAAAAUCCCCAAAAAAGUGAAAUAUAGAGGGGUGUGGGCAUCCCUGGCCCAGAGGCCCCUCAGUGGAAUGAGGAGCAGGGGGAGGGGCUGGAAACAGAAACAAAAUGAAAAAAAAAGGGGGGGGUGGGAGGGGAAGAAAACUCUAUUUUUGUAAAAAGGGAAAAAAGACCUCGUGGAGAAUUUUUACUGGGGAUUCUUGAACUUGAAAAAAAAAAAAAACCACAAAAAAAGAUAAAAAAAAAAAAAAGAAAAUAUUUUGGCAGGUUAUGUUUACCACCUGGGGCAGGGACAGGGAGCAGGACUUAGGGGCUGAGGGUCCACAGGGCCAGAGAAACACAGCCACGCAAAGACACGCAGGGGCACGCCCACACACACACCCCCUUCCCCAGGGACACACAACAGCACAGACGGACCCAGAGAUAUGCCUCAGGAACUCCUUGGCCCAACUCACACAUGCAGACAAACACGUGGAUAAACACAGAAGACCAGAGAGCCUGGGGCUACAUGAAUGUGGCCACAGUGAACGUGGACAUGGGCAAAUGUGGCUGGGGAUAGAGGUGGCCACGUGCACAUGUGGACCUGGGAACGUUUUCGCACGUGGCCAUGUGAAAGUCGGACAGAUGCAUUUGGACACACAUCUAGACACCCAGUCACACAAUCACAACACCCAGGGACACACAGACAUGCCCAUAGCAUCCCUCAGGCCCAGGCGAGAGGUCACAGCCCAGAUCCCAGCCCAGUCCAUAGCCCAUUUUGUCCCGCAAGGGCCCCUUCUCCUGGCGCUCAGCCCCACUCACCCCUGCCCCAGGUUCUCUGCAGAGCUCUCUCCUGGCUCCUCAGUGGUCCCUGCCACCCACAAACACAGGCAUUCACACACAGCGUCCAUGCAUCCAGACACACGAUACCUCGUUCCCCUUUCGGCGUCAUGGUGGGCUGGACGCAGCCCCCCCAAUACUUGAGGCCAAAGGACCCACCCCCUCACCCCACCCCUGGGGCUGAGCCUCCCUGGGCCAAGGCUCUGGCCCAUGAAGCCAAGGGGGAGGCCCAGCCUGGGCCUCCCGGCUCCAGGGGCUCCCCAGCAGCAAGCACCCACCACUCCCUGCCAGGCCCAGGGUGGACGGGCCCAGGGGCCCAGCCCCACGUUCCCUUCCCAUCCACUCGUCACCCCCUUUGAGUUUGUUGGGUUUUUCUGUCUUUCCAGAUUGGUGAGGGCAGUGGAUACAGCCCCCAUCCUGAGCCCUGGUCUUGGCUUUUGUUUGGACUUUCCAUCCCCCUAGUUUUCAUCCUUUGUUUUAAGGAAAAAAAAAAAAAAAAAAAAAAGUCCAACAGAAGCCAAAGGCCGGAGCCACCUGGAGCCCUCGCAGCCCCCCACCCCCUGAAGUGGGCCCAGUCAGAACCAAGAAUUGCAAACCCCGAUUUCAGCCUCAGUUGCCCUUCCUCCAGUGUCCCUGCGUUUGGUGUCUGGCCAUGGCCCCAUCUGGCUGCCCAGCUCUCUCUCCCCCACCCCUCCCGGUGUUGUUAUUAAACGUCUGUGGAGCUUCUGCUGCAAGGAACAAAAAGAAAAAAAAAAAAUCAAAAAAGCGACAAAAAAAAAAAAAAUACAGAAGAGAAAAAAAGCGACAAAAAAAGGAAGAGGAAAAAAAAACCACACACAGAAGAGAUUAAAAAAAAAAAAAAAAAAAAAAAGACAUAAACUGGCACCAGUUAACUUUCUUGUACUUUUUUGCCGAAUUGAGCUUCUUGUAGUUUUAACUUAUUGCUAUGUUAACUAUUUAUCCUCCUUGUUGCCCUGUAAGGACAUUUGUGUAUAUUUCUGUUCCUUCAUCCAGUUUGCAAGUUUAAAGGAACCACGAUGUUCUCUUUGUUUCUUUAAGUUUUGCCGAGACGUGGUUAUGCCUAAUUUAUUUAUAAAAGGGGAAGUGGAAUCAUUAAAGUAAUAAUAAUUAUUAAUAACAGUAAUGGUAGCCGAGCGGCGCCCGGGGGGAACCUGUGUUCUGCGGGGUGGUCCCCGCAGCCAGCGACGUCCGGGGUCUUAAUGGGAUUAUUUUUGCUCGUCUUGAGAUUUUUUCAGUCCUAUUUAGCUGGUGAAACCCUAGCUUGUUCUUGAUACACGAACCUAUUUAUUCUUGUGGUUUUUAAGUCCUCCCCAACCUCCCCGCUCCCCUCCAGCAGGGCAGGCCCCCCCAGCGGGUCCACCCCUCUCCCUCUGUUUUCUUGGGGCUUCUCCCCUCUGCCCUCCGCGCGCAGGGACACGUGUCCACACGUGGGCAGCGUGGCGGAGGCAUCUGUGAGCAAUAAGGUCUGGGUUUGUCCCCCACCCUGGGGGGGGACCGGGCUCUGGAGAGGGGGCACCUCCCCACACCCCCUCACUGAGGCCUGGGCCCCUGCCACCCCCCAAGACUGGGAGGGGACUUCUUUUUUCUAAAACACAGAACUCAGCCCAGCCAGCCAGGCCCCCUCCCCGCAGGCCAGCCCUUCACCCCAGGGGAGGGGGCCUGGGGUCUUCCACACCCAUGGGGGUCGGGGGCAGGGCCUGUGGGGAAGGGGCUCAGCCCCUCCAGCCCUCCCUUCAUCUUAUUUAUUCGGAUGGUUUCAAAUCACGACAGAGUCCAUGUUGGAGGUGAUAAAGAACUGUUAAAAAAAAAAAAAAAAAAAAAGACAAAAAAAACAAAACCCAAAA